GAGAAAUACUUCUUCCCCAUACUUGAUCCCACUUGCAACCGUGCAAGCUCAGAUUACAAUGGCAGCAAUUGGACAGUUCCUCCACUAGAAUGACGUUCCGUUCUUAAAGUAAAGAAGGAAAUGGUCCCCCCGGAAUCAUCAUUAGGUUAGAUGCUCAUUCAGUUCCGUCCGAGCACUUCCGUCUUCUUCCACCUUGGCUCGUCUCUUCUCUCAACUCUCCUCCGAGUUGUUCCAUUUUCAUGUGCGCGCCUGGUUUGUCUCACGCGACACUGUAAUAGCAUUGUUUUUUCUUUUCUAAAUUCUCCGUCGUUCAAGGCACAAGAUAGAGAGACCAACCAAAGAACAGCAUCUGCCUUUACCUUGCGUACCUCCACUCUCCAGUCACUGCCUCGGCUUCUCCCGCUAUUUGCACGCCUCUUUACCAUUCGUGGGGCCGCCAUCCAUCAUUGAUACUCUGCUCUGCUCUGCUCUGCACUGCUCUUCCACUCUCCAUAUCUUGUCCUCGACUCACAUCAUCCUUUCUUUUCUCUUCCCCACUCGCCAAUUCUCUCGGACGAUAUAGUCGCUCGACUUCUCUCGUCUUGACUCUUCAAUGACGACGCCGUGAGCUUGUCUUCCGACCUUUCAACUUCCUCGGACGCUCUUCCGCAGCGGGAACCCGGUCUCUCCCUCCGUCCGUCCGAGUCUGCCUCCGAGUCCGAUUUCUCUUUCUACAACAUCGUCACACUCUAUUCUACCACCUUUUUUUGCUCUCUGAUUCGACCCACGGUUGCCCAUCAUGUCGUGGAAAGCUUCAGAGCGUCUGAUGGAUACUAUCCGUCACUAUGCUCGGUUUCCCGCCACUGGUGUCAGCUUGCGCCAGAUGGUCCAGUUCGGCGAGAAACCUUCAGUCGGAACCCUAUUCCGAGCUUCUCAGUUCUUGGCCGAGGAGCUUCCAAUCCGUCUAGCUCAUCGCGUGCAAGAGCUCGACGAGCUUCCGGAUGGCCUUAAUGAGAUGCCCUCUGUCAUUAAAGUCAAAGAUUGGUACGCUCAAUCGUUCGAGGAAAUCACACAACUACCUCGGCCACAGUUACCCUCGGAUAUCCGAAGCCGCCUCAUGAAACCCAGCAAAGCUAUCGGUCGCAAUGCUUUCCGCCUUCCUGCCGCAACCCCUAAUCCUUCUAUCGACGAGGGCGAAGCCGACGGUUGGGGCGGUCUUCAGAACGACAAUGGCAAAGCCAAGGCCGCUGCGCGCCGAUAUUUUGCUAUCGUUGACGACUCGAGCGACUGGCCCGCCGAUCUUCACCUGUACAACCAACGUUUUGCUCAGACUCUGCACCACAUCAAGCGCCGGCACGAUGGCGUCGUUACCACAAUGGCUCAAGGCAUCCUCGAAUACAAACGCCGUCGCCAGCGUAUGCAGAUUGACAGCACCAUCCAGUCCUUCCUCGACCGCUUCUACAUGUCUCGUAUCGGUAUCCGCAUGCUUAUCGGCCAGCACAUCGCAUUGACAGACCAGAGCCAUCAUCGCGACCCCACUUAUGUCGGUAUUAUUUGUACCAAGACCAAUGUCCAAGAUCUCGCCCAGGAAGCCAUUGAGAACGCCCGGUUUGUCUGUGAGGACCACUAUGGUCUUUUCGAAGCUCCCAAGGUCCAACUCGUCUGCAACCCCAACCUGAACUUUAUGUACGUUCCCGGUCAUCUGUCGCACAUGCUCUUCGAGACUCUCAAGAACUCUCUGCGCGCCGUUGUCGAAACGCAUGGUAUGGAGAAGCAAGCUUUCCCUGUUACAAAGGUUAUUGUUGCCGAGGGCAAGGAAGAUAUCACCAUCAAGAUCUCUGACGAAGGCGGUGGCAUCCCUCGAAGCGCUAUCCCUCUCGUUUGGACUUACAUGUACACCACUGUCGAUCGCACACCAAGUUUAGAUCCCGAUUUCGAUAAGAGCGACUUCAAGGCCCCGAUGGCUGGUUUUGGAUAUGGUCUACCCAUCUCACGUUUAUACGCGCGCUACUUCGGCGGUGACUUGAAACUCAUCAGUAUGGAAGGAUACGGCACCGACGUCUACCUCCACCUGAACCGUCUUUCAUCAUCCUCCGAACCUCUGCAAUAGCAAUUACAUAGCGCCGGCGCACAGAACCUACAGGUUCCCCCUUGGGUUCUUCGCAAACGACUACAAGGCCGAAGCCGCGAGAUAUCGGAACGGAAACAGGUGGGCGAUGCCGAGGCGGUGGUCAACGCGCCACCACGAAGCAACUAUACCAGUCCACAGGAAGUCUAAUGGGUUUUUUUCUUACAAUAAGGGAAUUAUCGUCGCCCGCGGGAGAGCCGUGCGCCGGAGCAAAACACAGACGAGAAUAUAUCGUGAUACUACUAUAUCAGCAACUACUACAAGAAACAACAAGAGGAAGAGAAACAAGAAGGAUCAGACGAUGACGAUUACAAGGCCGCCCACGAUAUGCCCGCAGCUAUACCACGCCAACAGGAACGCACAGCUCACUUGGAUAUUCGAAAGAGGAGGAAAGAGACUACUCGAUUCGAGGGACGAGGAUCCCACUACUCCCGAACACCGCACCAUGUGGUUCACACAACCCGAGGGACCGCUCUCCAUGGAGGCCAGUCUAAAAACCAACAUUGGGAAUCUCUACAGUCUCACAAAGCGUGCCGUUGCACGUAUGUUUGGACGAUAAACACCAUUCGAGCUACGAUUUGGUUAUUAUUAUAUUCUAGGUAAACUUCCCUCCCGCUUGAGAUGGGAGAAAGAGGAACAUCGUUUUAUGCAACGAUGAGGGCACAUUGUAUGAUGCAUUAAGUAUGGAGGGGAAGAAGAGGGUGGUGACGAUCGACAUUAUUGGGAGGCUGUCUUGUUGACAGAGCAUGCAAGCAUGUAUAUGGAACAAAAAUACUUCUACGGGAGUCUUGGUCAUGGGUAGGAAAUAUCAUUUGCACUUUGUUUUUCUGGUUAAUUGAUUUUGGCUUCGACUCCAAUAACUGUGGUCGGGAUGAGUAUCCCCUGAUUCCACGUUGAUAAGAAUUCUUCAACUUUGGGUGUGACGGCAUAUGAGAUUCAACAGAAGUAAAGCAAAGCAACGCAAGUCAAUUCACUAGGCUUUUCUACCUGUACUGGGCCGGGGGGCUACUAGCCUCAAUCAUUCUCAUCCGCUUCCAAUUCCGCUUUCGCUUCCGCUUCCAUCAUACCUCUCACUCAAGGAGAUCGCUCAAGCCUGAGCUGUUGUGAGGGCAAAUAAAGCAGUCGUUUUCUCCUACCCGAUGACGAUCGCAAAAACAAGACCAAAAAAAAAGAGAGACUCAAGAGACUAAUCGGAAGCCUUGGUCAGCAGAAACAAUUCUGGGUUGUGCUGCAUGACGGCCUUCUUCUACUUGCUCAGGGCGUCAAACAUGUUGCGACUCUUGGUGGAGUGGCUCGUUCGCUGGCGCCUGGACGAGCCCUCAGCUUGAUCCAUGAUGCUAGGCUGAGGGAAGUAGCGCUGAAGAAAGAGUUAGAUAAUAAGUUAUUUCUUGUCAUAAGCGCACCUACAUCGUUCUUCUUCUGCCAUUUGUUGCCGGCCUGUGGGAGACGAUUCUGUUUCAAGUCUUAGUCUGAGAUCAAAGAUUUAUUAGUUCAGUAAACCUACUUUCUUUCCAUCUCCCCACUUGUCCUCACAUCGGGUUGAGACCUCCUUCAUGGGAGGGAUGUCGUCCCAGCCGUCGGCAAGUUUAGCCCCCUGGUCGCUGUCUUCAGUAGUUGAUACUUCAGAUGCUGAGCUGGACAUGACGGUGGGGUUCUUGGACGCAGCGUGUCUCUGGCCCAUAGCAUCCCAAGCGUUGAAGGUGAUCUUGCGGGCGGCAGCCUCCUCCUCCUUGUCUUUGCGGAGGGUUGUUGCAGUCGAAACACUACCUGUGGUGCUUGAGGUGGCAGUUCGCUGGGCUAUUUUCAGGCCGCGAAGAUGAGGAGGUAAAUCACUUGCCAUUUGAGACACUUGCGGAAGAAUAACCUUUGGGUUCGAGGAUACAGAAUCUUCAUCAAUAGACAUGCCUGCGAAACGCUCUGGCAGCAAAUUUUGGAGAUGAGGGGGAAGUGUAGCACGGCUAGAAGUUGUUGACAUGUUGUCGCCAGCCACACUGGAUGUUGUGGAUGCAUAAGUUUGAGUCGUGGAGGAGUGAACCGCCUGAGAUGAGCCUCGAACGACUUCGUUGAAGAUCUUGUUGUCAUUUUCGUUGUUUGGGUCUAAGCCAAGGGAUUCAGGUGAAGUGAUUGGUGCCUGUCUGAUGUUAGUGACUCCAUUCGAUCUCCUCAUGUCUAUUGCUUACUCCGGGGAGAUCAUCUUCCUCAAAGAAUUCAGCAACCUCAACAGGCGCAUGAUAACCUCGACUCAUCAUGUCUUCUUCCUCUACGGAGAUAUGGCCCGUUGCUUUGGGUAUCGGGAUCACCGAGGGCUCCGCGACUACAUCCCAUGCGACACAUUGGGUACAUCGCUAUUUCACAUUAGCUAUAAUUUGAUACCAUAGCUCGAGAAAGUCCCUACCCAAUCCUCAACUCUGCGCUGAGCCUUGGAGAAGGCAGCAUAUGGGAGUCUUCGGUGGCAGGCGGCGCAAUCAUGCUCCAAAACUGGAGUUGAACUAUGUUCCUUGCAGACCAUUCCGGUAUUCCCAGGGUUAAUCUCUCUGCCAGAGUCCAUCAAGAAGCGGGUUUGUCUCUGUUGGGCCUUGGAGAACAUGUCCCAGGGCUUCCACUCGUUGCCUGCAACGCAACGAAACCUGGCAAGGUUAGCAAGUUGAGCGCGAGGUAUACAGAAUAAGGGUCAAUUUUACUGAGUUGUUGCAGACUCGUUGGCUUUACUAUAUAUCACUUCCUUUUAGCUUUGUUUAAUUCUGAUGUUGAUGGACAAACUCACGGCUUGUAGCCUCCUUUGUUGUUGUUGGGCAUCGCGAUUGGCGGAAGGAGGUGAUAGAUGAGGAUUCAGCUUGAGAUCCUAGGGCAGAUGAGAUGUCUUCUGUGUUUUCGGAUGAUUUCAGCUGCGGGUGGGCAAAUGAUAGAAGAGUGAUAGAGGAAUGUUUGGGUUGUGUGCGCUCCUGUUGACUGGUUCAGGUCAUCAAAUGACCAACGGACACUCGGCGAAUUCAGCAGCCUCAGUCGCUGCUAUUAGAAACAAAUAGGAUAUUAGAAUAGAAUAUCCUUUUCUGAUGCUUGUGUCGGAUCAAAAGAGGAGAUCCGAUGAUGUUGAGGGUUGAGUGUUGAGGAAGAAGGAAGGAAGGUGCGAGGCUCGUGCGUUUAGGAUAUACUGAUUUGCAGUGGAGGCUCUUGCAAUGGCUUCAGUGGCAGUGAAUCACUAUCCCCAGUUAACCUCAG